CCGCCGGCCUUAAAAUGGCGGCGGCCGCCGUGGGGUGGUGGUAGAGUGCGCAGCCAUGGCGGGAGAGAAGGGUUGCUUGAUGCUGCUGGCCGCUGCCCUGCUGCUCGUCGGCGCCGUGGUGGGCGCCCAGGACCGCCCGCGGCUCGUGGGGGCCCCGGUGACCAUCGACGAUGCCAACAACGACGAGGGCCUGCAGCGGGCCUUGGAGUUCGCCAUGGCGGAGUACAACAGGGCCAGCAACGACAUGUACUCCAGCCGGGUGGUGCGGAUCAUCAGCGCCAAGAGGCAGAUUGUGGCUGGAAUCAAGUACACAAUAGAAGUUGAGGUUGGCCGGACAACUUGCCCCAAGCCAGCAAAUGAUCUCCAGAGCUGUGCUUUCCAUGAUGCACCGCAGAUGGCUAAGCACACCAUUUGCAACUUCGUAGUGUACACUGUUCCUUGGCUAAACCAAAUCAAACUACUGGAGAGUAACUGCCAGUAAGCCUACCUUGGUUCCAGCGGAGACCAGCAACCAGUUGCUCAGAUUUAAAAGAAAAAAAAAAAGCAAUAACACAAAUUGAGAUGGGCUUUAUCAAUGCCUGUUAACUCAAAUACUUAGGUAUGCUUGUGCUAUGCAAGUUAAACUAUGUAACUUUCCUCUAAAGUACAGUGUGAUCUCAACUUUAUUCUUUGUAACUGCAUUUUAGAGCAGCUGUUUUGGUCUUCCUACAGCUUUCCCAAUAAAGUAACUCCAACAUCAGAAUGCUGAUUUAAAAAAAAAACAACACUUGGUUUCCCUGUUAAGUGACUAAUGUAAACAUGAAAACUUAAUUAAUAA